CUUCAUUUGUCAGCGUCAAAAUUGGUGAGCUGAGGAACCUCGUCAGGCUGGAGGGGAAUCUGGGCAGCAGCUGGAUGGGGGCCAUGGAGCAGAGGAAACAGUCAUGGUCUCCAUCCAUGUGCAUCUGGAAUUUCUAGACAGGACCUGGCCACCAGCCUUCUCCCGAACUCUGGCUCUCCCUCCUGCCUCAGCCUCCUCUUACCCGAGAAGGCUCGGCGGCCUCCAUCUGACCACAGAAUGUAACGUCAACCGCACGGGCUACAGCCACUGUACUUGUCUCCCUGGCUACCAGUGGAACAACACGGUCUGUUUGCAAAAUGAUCUCUGCUACCACCACCGUCCUUCGUGCAAAUGCCUCAUCUUCCGCCAUCCUGUCCCUGGCUACUGCCAGUUGCUGCCGCCUGUGCCCGGGUACCUGAGCCUGAGCUCCCCACUGCAGAGGCCGGGCAACACACUCAACCUCACGCUCCUCACGAGCCAGCAUGCCACCAACGUGAAAUGGUUCUUGAAGCACCCAGGGAGCUCCAGAUUCAUCAUUCUGCAGCCAGGAACACAGGUGUCCCUGACCUCCAGCCCCGGCCAGGCUGCCCUCAGUAUCACCCACAUGUCCCACCACUGGGCAGGUGACUAUAUAAGUGUCUUCGAGGCCCAGGAAUUCAGGUGGAGGCUGCGCCAGACAAUAGAAGUGCCCUUGCAGGAGGCAGAUGUGGCUCAACUUCCAGACCAGCUGUCCAUUUCCUGUGCCACCUCCCCUAGCUUCCAGCUGAGCUGCUGUGUCCCCACGACAAACGUAGUUUACAGCACUUCCUGGAGCCCCAUGGAGGGAAGCCAAGCCUCCUUCCACAACAUGUCAGGCUCUCAGUGCCUCGUGCUGGCCGUUCAGCACUGCCCCGCAGUGGAUACCACAUAUGCCUGUGUCCUGCACAGCCAGGGCCUGGCUUCUCUCAGGUCUCCUGUCUCUGUCACCAUCAUCCAGGAUGGGGAUACCACCUGCCCUGAGGACUUUUCAGAUAUUACCUGGAAUGUCACCAAGGCUGGCCACGUGGCACAGGCCUCCUGUCCUGCAAACAAGAAGGGAGUGGUGAAGAGGCCCUGUGGGCCCAAUGGAAUCUGGGGGCCCAUCCAGAGCGAGUGCACAGACAAGAGGAUCCUAACCUUGUGGAAUAAAGCCAGGCUGCUACAGGCAGGCCAAGGCAAGCCUGGUGUGGAGGUGCCCUGGAUUCUGAAACAGUUACAGAUGGUGGUGGCGGCGGCAAGCUCGCCCUCUGACUUACGGGAACUGCUGAGCACUGUGACAUUACUGGCUGAGGUGGUAGCCAGGGCCAAGGUGCAGCUGAACCGCACUGUGCUACAGGAUCUCCUGGCAACUACUGACAAGGUUCUAGAUAUGAAUACCAGCUCGCUGGUCUCUUUGUGGCCCCUGGCUCAGGCCCAGAAGCCCUCGAUGGCAUCUGAUUUCUUGCUGGCUGUGGAGACCCUGGUACGCAGCCUGUGCCCACAAGAUCACCCCUUUUUCUUCAACUCGUCCAAUGUGCUGCUGCAGAGCCAGCUCUUUGGACCCACAUUUCCUGAUGACUACCAAAUCGCCUUCUCCACGUGGCCCCUCCUUCAGGCGCAGAUCCCCAGGCACUCACUGGCUCCACUGACUCAUAAUGCAACCAACAUCACUAUUGCUAGCCUAGUGCUGCAGAAACUGGACCACUUUCUGCCCCCAAACUAUGGACAAGGUCUGGAAGACUCUCCAUAUGGAACUCCUGGGCUGGUCUUCGUCAUCUCUAUCACAGCAGAUGGUCAAGCUUUCACCAAGGCAGAAGUCAUCAUGGACUUUGGGGACACAGAUAGCACCCUGCAUUGUGUCUUCUGGGACCACCAUCUCUUUCAGGGUCAUGGGGGCUGGUCAAAAAAGGGGUGCCGGGCAAAAACAACCCAUGCCAGCCCAACCACACGGUGCAUCUGCCAGCACCUCACUUCCUUCUCCAUCCUCAUGUCUCGAAAUAUUGUUCCAAAAAGUCCCAUCCUGGCGUUGCUCAGUAAGAUGGGCUUGGGAGCUUCCAUACUGGCACUGUUCGCGUGCCUCGGUGUGUACAGACUGGUGUGGAGAGUGGUGGUGAGGAACAAAGUUGCCUUCUUCCGCCACACUGCCCUGUUCAACAUGGUGGUCUGCUUGCUGGUCGCAGACACUUGCUUUCUCGGAGGCUUAGUCUUUCCUCUUGAAUCCUGCAACCCACUCUGCUUGGCCUCUACGUUCCUCCGUCAUUAUUUCUACCUGGCUACCUUUUUCUGGAUGUUGGCGCAGUCCCUGGUGUUGGCUCACCAGUUGCUUUUUGUCUUUCAUCAUCUGUCCAAGCACAUAGUUCUCUUCAUGAUGGUGACUAUUGGCUACUUGUGCCCACUGGGAUUUGCAGGUGUUGCCCUGGGCCUCUACCUGCCUCGAGGGCUGUACCUGUGGGAGGGCAUAUGUUGGUUGAAUGGAAAGGGAGUAGGAUUGUACACCUUCAUUGGGCCAGUACUGGCCAUCGUGGGUGUGAAUGGGAUAGUACUAGCUAUAGUUGUGCUGAAGUUGCUGAGACCUUCGCUAUCAGAGGGACCUCCAGUGGAGAAGCACCAAGCUCUGCUGGGGGUACUGAAAGCCUUGCUCAUUCUCACACCUAUCUUCGGCCUUACCUGGGGACUGGGUGUAGCCAUUAUAUUCAAGGAAGACUCCAUAGUUGCUCAUUGCAUCUUCAACAUUCUCAAUAGUCUCCAGGGUGUGUUCAUCUUAGUGUUCGGUUGUCUCUCAGACAAGAAGGUGCAAGAGGCUUUACGCAAACACUUCUGUCGCACCCAGUUCCCCAACUCUGCCAUUACCCUGGCCACAAAUGAAACUUGUACCUGGAACACAACAAAGGCAGAAGUGAAAAAGAGCCCACUUCUCCCCAUCCCUCAAAUACCCAAGCAAGAAUAGCAUGAAAACCCAGCUAAAGCUACCCAAGGAUCUAAUGCGUAAGCCUGCCUUUGCAGUAAAAACUAAGAGUUCAAAAUUACUGCAAGCAAAACUGCCUGCCACGUUUUAACUCACCUGCAGUACAUAUUAUAGGUAGAAUGGGUACAAAUGUCUUAAC